UUGUUGUCUUUGUACAAACACACACACUGACACACACACACACAUUUUUAUUUUUUACGCAAAGCCCCGCGCUUUCCUCUCUCGCUCUCCCCACAAUACGUAAAUAGAUAGAUACACACCCAUGUAUGUAUCUGUCAUCUUCCUUCUUUAAUUCAGAUUCUCACUUUUUUCUUUAUAUCCCUGCCAUUAAUUUUAUUUUCUAAAUCUAUUUAUUUUCCUUGGCCUCCCCUUUAUAUUUGUCCAUCUCAUUUCCUGCCCUUUUUCUCUCUUUGGUGUUUUCUACUUAUGGGGCUAUUCUAAAUUGGAAGAAGGGUGGUUUGUUUGUUUGCUUUCAUAUAUUCAAGCAUUUGACUUAUUUGAUUUUGAUAUAAAGCUGGAUAGAAGCAUUUUAGACGCAGGUGUUUGAUGUUUGUAUAUAGUAGAAUUCUAAAAAUUACAAGUUUUAGAGAGUCUGUUGGGUGGAAUUGAGUUUUUCUGUCAUUAGGAAUGGAUUCAAAUACUAGUGAUGAGAUCAGGGAGGCUGAGAAGGAUGAGAAGUUGGAAACUCAAGGGGGUGGUUCUAAGGUGAAUGAUAUAGGUAGUUUGACGCCAGGGAAGAGUCUGGAGAGCCAUAAUAGCAAAGAUAUGAUUUUCAGGGCAGAUAAGAUUGAUCUUAAAAGCUUGGAUGUUCAGCUGGAGAAACACUUAAGCCGCGUUUGGUCUAGAAGCACUGAUCCUCAAAAGCCUAAGGAGGUUUGGGAGAUUGAUUUAUCAAAGUUGGAGAUAAAAUAUCUUGUAGCUCGGGGAACAUAUGGUACGAUAUAUCGCGGUACUUAUGAUAAGCAAGAUGUUGCAGUGAAACUGUUAGACUGGGGGGAGGAGGGCAUGGCCACUACAGCAGAAACUGCUGCUUUGAGAGCAUCAUUCCGACAAGAGGUUGCUGUUUGGCACCAGCUUGACCAUCCAAAUGUGACAAAAUUUAUUGGUGCUUCAAUGGGAACUUCUGAUCUUAAGAUUCCUUCCAAAACCUCUUCAUCUGCAAGUGAUGGUUUAGAUAACCUUCCUGCAAGGGCAUGUUGUGUUGUCGUGGAAUUUGUUCCAGGAGGAACACUAAAAAGCUUACUGUACAAGAACAGGAAGAAGAAACUUGCAUUUAAAAUCGUGGUCCAGCUUGCAUUGGAUCUAGCCAGAGGUUUGAGCUAUUUACAUUCAAAGAAGAUAGUUCAUCGAGAUGUUAAGGCUGAAAAUAUGUUAUUAGAUCACCAGCGAAAUCUGAAAAUUGCUGAUUUUGGUGUUGCUCGAGUUGAAGCUCAAAAUCCAAAGGACAUGACUGGUGAAACUGGGACCCUUGGUUACAUGGCACCAGAGGUUCUUGAUGGCAAGCCAUAUAACAGAAAAUGUGAUGUCUACAGCUUUGGUGUAUGCAUGUGGGAAAUUUAUUGCUGUGAUCUUCCUUACAUAAAUCUGAGCUUUGCUGAAAUUUCAUCUGCAGUUGUCCGCCAGCAUCUGCGCCCAGAAAUUCCUCGAUGUUGCCCAAGUUCUUUCGCGAGCAUCAUGAAAAAAUGUUGGGAUGGAAAUCCAGAUAAACGCCCUGAAAUGGACGAGGCCGUGAGGUUGUUAGAAGCGAUUGAUACCAGCAAGGGAGGAGGAAUGAUUCCGGAAGACCAGGCUGGCGGCUGUUUCUGCUUUGCUCCAACACGAGGUCCUUAAAAUUGAUCCUCCCCUCCCCUCCAUUUUCCAAUACACUCAAGUGGAAGUAUGCCUGUUCACUUCUGACUGCUGGAAAAUUUGAAUCGAAGGAGGAUUAUAAAUUCUUACUUGCAAAAAGAGGUCCAACUAGUUUUUUUAUUGAGGUUUAUGGAUGAAACAAUAGGAAAAAGAAAAGAAGUUUAUGGAUUUGUAAUUUGGCCAUUUGGGUAAUGAUUAUUGAUGCUUGUGUACUUUGGUAAUGUACGCCACUUUGGUUACAACUUACAAAAGCAAAUAUUGAGUUAUUAAAAGUUUAUAAUUUUGUAUCA